AUGCCGUCCUCAUCCUCACCAGAACACCGGGCUGGAAAAAGGCCAAGAACCCAGUCGCUACCACCUCCGGCGCUGCCGCAGCUGGUCGCCGAGCAGCAUAUGCCAAUCCCGCCAACCGACAAGGACUCGAAGCGACUGAUUGUUGUUCUGUCGAACGCCAGUCUCGAAACCUACAAGGCGUCGCAUGGCGGGCCCAACCGCAUGGGCGUGCAGAGGGAGGAGAAGUACUCGCUGCUCAACAGCGACGAGCAUAUCGGCGUCAUGCGCAAGAUGAACAGGGACAUUAGCGACGCCCGGCCCGACAUCACACACCAGUGCCUCCUCACCCUCCUCGACUCCCCCAUCAACAAGGCCGGAAAAUUGCAAAUAUACAUCCAGACUGCCAAAGGCGUGCUGAUUGAGGUUUCGCCGUCGGUUCGCAUCCCGCGAACGUUCAAGCGCUUCGCUGGCCUGAUGGUCCAGCUGCUCCACCGUCUCUCCAUCAAGGGCACCAAUUCGCAGGAGAAGCUCCUGAAAGUGAUCCAGAACCCCAUCACUGAUCACCUGCCGCCGAACUGCCGGAAGAUCACCCUCAGCUUUGACGCCCCGCUGGUGCGGGUGCGCGACUACAUUGACACGCUUGGGGCGAACGAGAGCAUUUGCGUCUUUGUGGGCGCCAUGGCCAAGGGCCCGGACAACUUUGCCGACGCCUACGUGGACGAAAAGAUCUCCAUCAGCAACUACAGUUUGUCGGCGAGCGUUGCAUGCAGCAAAUUCUGCCAUGCUGCGGAGGAUUCCUGGGAUAUCCUUUGA